AUGCAUGUGUGUGUGCUGAGUCUGUCGGUCUGUUCAGUUGGAGACAUGUCUGCGGGAGGCGAAAAUCCCAACAUGUUUACUGGUUGGCGUUACUACUUCAAUACUUAUACUAUUAGGGGCCGAUCAAAUGUCGUGUACACGACUUAUGCUGCGACCGCCUUGCUAGUAUUGGCUCUCAAUCGCAGGGUCAAGCGGAAUAGGACAUUGAGGGAAGCAGCAGAGGGAACGAAGUAG